GAAGAAUUUUAUUAGAAAGGAGGUGUCCAUCGUGCAUGCAUGUAAAAAGGAAGUGGGGUGUUUGUGCCUGCGAGUUCUAUUUUAAUGGCGAUCCGUUCCCGUUUGAUCUCUCUAACCAACCUUAUAUAACCCUUCGGUUUCUAAGAAAAUCACCAAAAGGGUCCUCAGGAAUCGGCGAAAUAAAUCCUGGGUACAUCUUCCUUUUCCCUUUUGAAGAAGCGGUAUUUACAUAUGCUUGCUCACGGUGGCGCACCAUCGGCGAUCAGGGGAGCUCGUGAGGUCCACGUCAGAACGCGGCGGCGGCGAGGGAAGUACUCACAACCGGCAGUCCCAGUCGGCAGGGUUUAACGGAGCUGAAGAGGCGGCUGUAACGACGACAAUAGCUGAAUCCGUGGAGCCUGUGAUGUCAGAGUAUGGCAGAGCCGGAGAGUUGUCGGCAAUGGUUUCGGCGCUUACGCAUGUGGUGUCAUCAGGUUCAUCUGGACACAGAGACACUAAUGAAUGGCUCCAAGGAAUAAGUGGUUUUCCUAUGAUGUCACCUUUUGGUCAUGUUUCAUCUCCUCGUCUGUCUCCUUCUUCAUCUUCCUCAGGUCCUCUUAUGGGCUCUGCCUCUGGUUCAUGGCUAGGUCAGAAAAGAGGCCGUCAGGAAGAAGAAGAAGCCGCAUUCAAAGCCGCCAUUGGUGACUUCGCUGCAUCAUCACAGAACGAGUCUGCAUCAACAGCAGUGACGGAGGUGGAAGCUUCGAAUAUCACUGCAACUGACGCACCGGUGGUGGCUACUUCGGCCUUACCGGUGAUGCCGUCGAGUGAAACUGUUUCCUAUGAAGAAACAGGGGAGAGGAGGAGGAGGUACAGAGGGGUGAGGCAGAGGCCUUGGGGUAAGUGGGCAGCGGAGAUUCGCGACCCCCACAAGGCGGCAAGGGUCUGGCUUGGCACGUUCGACACGGCGGAGGCGGCCGCGAGAGCUUAUGACGAAGCCGCAUUGAGGUUCAGGGGUAGCAGAGCCAAACUGAACUUUCCGGAAAACGUCAGAGCAGUUCCGGUGCCCGUUCAAAAUUUUCCUGCCACCACCCACGUCCUUCAGCAGUCCCCGGCGGCGCUUCCGUUCAUGCAGGCGUCGUCUUUUCAGGGGCCCUCUGAUUUGGUCAGAGACUAUUGGAAUUACUCCCAGAUGCUCCAGAGUUCCGGCGACUUCCAAGGUCAACGGCAACCACAGCCGCCGCAGCAGAUACCGCCGGGUUUGGUGCAGCAAUGGCUCUACAAUUCUCAAUUGAGUGCUCUUCAAUCGUCUUCUUCGUUGUUUUCACCAUCAUCAUUGUCGUCAUCUUCAUCUCCCACUACAUUUUCACCUUCUAGUCAGUUAUCCCCUGCUUCAUUUCCCCUAACUUCCGGUCAGCAAAUAGGCUAUUUCCGACCACCGGGAAACCAGACUCAGGGCGGAGACACCUCGUAUUUUCCUACGUCAACAUGGUCAGACACCGGCAACUAUCCUCCGCCGUCCAGGUGAAGAGAAUUCUUGAAAUAAAUUUGGUGUCAAAGUAUUUUGUUGACUAAAUUGACUAUGAAUAGAUGUAUAAGCAUAUACAACAACCAUACGUUAGUCAUUUAAACAAACAAAAACAAAAAAAAGAGUGUCCAUACCAGAAAUUGUUGGUCUCCAUAUGUUUAUAUUCUAUUUAUAGUUAAUUCGGUCUAUACAAAUUUGAUACAGUAGAUCUGCUAAAAAAUUUCUUUUUAUUCAAAGACGUUAUUUAUUGUCUUUACAAUAUGCAGUGUAUUGCAAAGAAAAGGAGUAUUUCAAUUUCAAUUUCAAUUUUAUUGUUAAUUUUAUUUAAA